AUGUCUGACCAGGACACCAAGGAAGUCAUGCCCAACAGCUCGACGGCCAGCAUGCAGGUCGAGACCGUCGAAAAGGCAACCGCCAAGGGUGUAGAGUAUCCCAGCACCGUUGAGAGUGCAGGUUGGGACACGGCAGCGACCAAGAAGCUGAUUCGCAAGAUCGAUCUGCGUCUCAUCCCCUUCCUCGCUUUCCUUUACCUCUUGUCCUUCCUUGACCGCACCAACAUCGGCAACGCCCGCCUUGACACUUUGGAAAAGGAUCUCAACAUGCCCAAGACAAGUCUCAUGUACAACAAUGCUCUCGCCAUCUUCUUUCCCUUCUACGUCGCCGCUGAGAUCCCGUCAAAUAUGGCGAUGAAGCGCUUCCGUCCCUCUAUCUGGAUCCCCUGCAUCAUGAUCGCCUGGGGCAUCUGCACCACCCUCAUGGGCAUCGUGCACAAUUACUCAGGGCUCAUGGCUGCGCGAUGCUUCCUCGGAAUCGCAGAAGGUGGCUUGUUCCCUGGUAUCACCUACUAUAUCACCAUGUGGUAUCGCCGCCAUGAAUGCGGUCUGAGGAUGGCUAUCUUCUUCUCUGCUGCCACGGCUGCAGGCGCCUUUGGUGGCUUGCUCGCCCGUGGUAUCAUGGAGAUGCGUGGCGUCUCUGGUCUCUCGGGAUGGCAGUGGAUUUUCAUUCUGGAGGGAAUACUCACUGUCAUUGUGGCUCUCUCCGCCUUCAAGCUGAUGCAUGAUUACCCUGCCACGGCAAAGUUCCUCAACCCGGAAGAGCGAAAUGAGGUAGUGGAACGUCUCAAGCGCGACCGCUCAUCUUUGGCCGAUGAGUUUGACCUUAAGUACUUCUGGCAAGCCGUGAAGGAUUGGAAGAUCUGGGUCCAUAUGUUCAUUACAAUUGGCGUGUAUACCGGCUUGUAUUCGUACUCUCUGUUCCUGCCGACGAUCAUUCGGGAUCUUGGAUACGCCAACACCACCGCUCAGCUAUUGACUGUUCCUCCCUAUUUCGUUGCAUGCUUCUUCUGCAUCGGCGCAGGCUACCUUGCCGACAGGCUCGGCCAACGAGGCAUCUUCAUGAUCUUCUUCAUGGGCAUGGCCAUCGUCGGCCUAAUUAUGCUGCUCGCAACACACAACACCCAUGUCAAGUAUGCCGGCUGCUUCCUCCUCGCAUCGGGUAUCUACCCAAAUGUGCCCCAAGGUGUCGCCUGGAACGGCAACAACAUAGGUGGUUCGCUGAAACGUGGCGUUGGCAUUGCCAUGCAUGUCGGCUUCGGUAACCUGGGCGGCACGAUCUCAGCGUAUCUCUACCUCGCCAAGGAUGGUCCAGCUUACCACCCCGGCCACAGCACCCUCCUUGCUUGCCAGGCCAUGGCGAUGGUACUGUCCAUUUUCAUGACGCUGUACUUACGCCGCGAGAACGCACGACGUGAUCGAGAGUACAAGCCGCCAUCCGAGUAUACAGAGGAGGAGCGAAUUGCAGAGCGCGAGAAGGGCGAUAAUGCUACCUUCUUCCGCUAUACCGUCUAG